CAGCGGGUCGCAUCUUCAGUUGACAAUCCUACAAAAUGGCGGGUGUCCGUGUGGAGCCGCUGUCCACCCGUGAGAAGCUGUGUUACGCGGUGGGGGAGUUCUCUGCGACGAUGAUGUACAACGUCAUGUCCCUGUACGCUAACAUCUUCCUUCUGGAGGUGGUGAAGUUUACCCCACUUGUGGCGACUGCGGUAAUUUUCGGGGGCCGUGUUUGGGACGUCCUGGCGUACCCUCUCCUCAUCCCUGUCAUGAACGCGUCCAGGCCGAACAAGUGGGGCAAGUACAAAACCUGGAUGGUGGCUUCCGUCCUGAUCAUGAUCCCGUCCAACAUCCUGUCGUGGUACGUCCCGGAUAUCGGCACUGGCGGCAGGAUCGCCUGGUAUCUGGUGCUCUACGCUGUGUACCUGGUCAUACAAACGGCCUUCGUGAUGGCUUACCGCAUCCUGCUGAUGUACAUGACCGAAGACCCGGGCGACAGGGACUCAGCUACCACAUACCGUACGUGUUUUGUUCGUGUCUUAGAUUUGUUUUAG